GUUUUGCGUAUCAUUUCCUUUUUUUUGUAUUUUUUGUAAAAUUUUUUGUUCUCUACUAAUGUAUUUAUUAUGUUCUCUACUAAUGUAUAUACUCUUAUAAUGUAUUUAUUAUUGCAAAGGAGUAAAGAACACGGUAUAUUAAUAGUAUGCAAAUAAAUAAAAGGUGUGCUAUUACAUCUAACAAGAUUUCAUAAGAAGCAAUUUUUUCAACAAUUCUAUGAUAAGACUUGUUCUCAUUCGAUUUAUAUUAUUCAGUAAACGAUGGGAACAGUUUUAAUCCAAAAAUAAAUAUGUACGUUCAAUCGGUUAACCCCUUGAUCUAUUACCACGAUUCAGAUUCGUGGUAAAAAAUUUGUGCUAUAAGCGAACACCACGAGUCUUACUCGUGGUAAAGAAUUUGUGCCAUAAGCGAGUACCACGAGUCUGACUCGUGCUAAAGAAUAUGUGUUUUGAACGAGCGGGUACACAGCGGAACAGUUGAAUUGCACAGCGCACGACCGAUUUUCAAGUUUCUUAUGGCACGCGAAAUUAUCAGAUAUCGCGUACGUCAAAGGGUUAAAGAUUUUGAAAGAUCAUGUUUACUCCAGGAAGAUAUUAAAAUGUUAGGAGAAGAAUUAUCAAACUUAUUAUUUUUCAAACUUAUAAAGCAGAGUAUAAUGAAGAAGCUAUACAGGAAUCAGAAUGAACAAAGCUAUAAGUUCGUUAUAUUUGAAUGUUCGACUGGCUGUAGUUUCGAUUAAACUCAUUUAUUGAAACAAAAGAAUGAUCCGACAUUAGAGGAAUUUCUUAAAUGAUACUGAUUUCAUUUAGGUGGAUGAUGUUAAUAUAUAUCGAGACAUGACAAUUUUGUCUGUUAAUAAUUAUUCGAAAUGAAACAAAAUUAAUCAGAGAAUUAUGAAGAACACGAAGAUGUGCGUCACUUCUAUACGAUAUAUUCUACAAAGGUAAUUAUUUAAGACUUUUUAUUCACGGUUAACUUUAUUAUUAUUAAAUAGAUUCUUCUGAAGCGUAUAAAAAUGAAUGACGUAAAGGAUUGUAUGAAUAAUGAAUUUGAAAAUGAUCAUUCGAAAGAAUUAUGUGCAUGGAUCGAAAGUAUACCAUUCUCAAAACCUAAAAAAAAUUUAUCUCCUCUCUCCCUAUAUCGAGAUUUUUCGGAUGGCGUAUUGUUAGCUGAAAUUCUCAAGGUGUAUUAUCCUCGUUACGUAGAUCUUCAUAAUUAUAUAUCAGCUAAUAAUUAUUUUUUGAAAAAAGAAAAUUGGAAUACGUUAAAUCGCAAAGUAUUAACAAAGAUAGACGUUAAAUUAAACAAAGAUGUUGUAAGUCAACUAGUUAAUGGUCAUCAAGAAUCAAUCGAGAAAUUACUUUUUGAAAUAAGAAGUAAAGUUGAUAAAAUCGAUCAACGAGAUGUUUUGCCAUUAAGUGCUACGCCAAAUUCUGAACAAAGUAAAUUAUAUAAAUUGAUUUAUUGUCGUUUUUUUUUUAUAAUAAUACCGAUUAAUCAUAUUUUAAUAGAUAACAGAGAUGAUGUCAAACAACCGGUGAAUAUGAAUGAUGAUAAUUGUAUUGAAACGUUGACAUCCGAGAAUAAGAAUAUUCAAGAAUUAGCUGCUCCUUCUCAUUUAACCAUAAGCUAUAUAAAGGAUGCAAUAUUUUAUGCUGCGAUAUGGUUGUUCAGUUGGUUUUGCUUUUGGAAUUUCUUUAUGAAUUACCGUACGUAUUUAAAUAUAAAUAAUUCAUUUUUCCUUCACAUACACACAUUUUAUAUUAUUUUUUAUUACUCAUGCGAGGAAAGUACUAUCUUUUCGGUAGCUAUUGGGGUCGGAAAGACGCUGUUUACAUACUUUACAAUAACAACACGCUUUUUGAAUAAAAUAAAUGUCAAUUUGAGUGCGGAAAGUUUACUUGUCGCACCCAAAUUUUACUUACUGCACGAAAAUUGACAAUAAAAAGAACACAAUCAAAGUAUCAAUAUUGUAGGCGAUAAGAUUAAUAUGUAGUUCUUUCUUUAUUUUAUUUCUUGUUUAAAAAGGCUAUCUUAGACUAUAACAUUAAUAUUUAGUUCUUCAUUUAUUUUAUUUCCUGUUUGAAUACGAUAUCGAUCUUGGUAGGGAUCCUGUAGGAGGGAUGCGCCAUUCAUAUUCAGCUCAUGUGCCAUUGGCUGAAAAUUUUGGGGGAC